GUAUUUAUCAAAUUUUGACUAUUCUAGUAAUUCAGGGUUUACUGUGGAGAUACUACUAAACAGAGCUGAAUAUUCUUGGUAUGGGCCAGGGAAAAAGUCAAUUUACCGAUGAGGAAUUACAAGACUACCAGGACCUGACAUACUUUACAAAGAAAGAAGUUUUGCAUGCUCAUCAUAAAUUCAAAGCUUUAGCCCCAGAAAAAGUGGGACACAACAAGAAUGCAAAACUGCCCAUGGUCAAAAUACUACAAUAUCCAGAGUUAAGUGUUAACCCAUUUGGUGAAAGAAUUUGCAUGAUAUUCAGUUCAAGCCAGGAUGGUGACUGCACCUUUGAAGAUUUCUUAGACAUGAUGUCUGUUUUCAGUGAAACUUCCCCUAAGUCUGUAAAAGCAGAGCAUGCAUUUAGAAUAUUUGAUUUUGAUGGAGAUGAUAUGUUGGGUGUGUCUGAUUUGAUGAAAGUUGUCAAUAAACUAACAGGUGACAAAAAACUGAGUGAAUCUGAAAUGAAUAUGGUGAUCCAAAAUAUUCUAGAAGAAGCAGAUCUGGAUGAUGAUGGUUCAUUAUCUUUUGCUGAGUUUGAACAUAUUACAGAUAGAUCUUCUGAUUUUCUGAGGUCUGGAAUGACCAUGCUCAUCAGUUGUGGACCCUACACUAGGAGGUUCCACAAUAACAUCAUAAAUGAUACCUAA